CGCACCUGUUACCUUAACGGAGCGCAAGACGAUGAUACCACCGGGAGACUGCAUGUAUGCGGGCAGGAAAAGAAGGAAGCCCGUUCAAAAACAGUUAAGAAUCACAUGUUUCUCCGUAAUAUUCUAACAUUGAUAUUUGACGCAUGGUGACAUUUGUUUUAUGGAUUUUAUGUGUAUUUUUCUCCUACUUCUGAUGUUUGGAGAAACUUUUUUGAUGUUGGGAUAGCCUACAUGACAGCCGAAUAGUAAAAUGUAGUUUAUUAUUUGUGUGAUAUUUUCGUUUUUCAGAAGCAUGCAGAUACAUUAGCUACUGUGUUUCACCAAACACUGGACAUUUUUUUUUAACAAAAUGAGUAAGAUUUGCAAAAGUUUGGACAAAUUUAAGAUGUUAUAGAUUUGCUGUUGUCAUAUUUAUGCGAUUACAUAUCGAAUAUUCACAUGGCCUUGGGUUGAAUUAUAAAUAAUAGGGAUGAUCAGUUUUGGAUUAAUUCUGUGAAGAUUACUUUUGAUAUUCAGGUUCUUAUUCUUAUGAGCAUAUUAUUAGUAAUAUCAGUGUCAUUAGAAGUUUUUUUGUGACAGCAGGCAGGAGUCAUUUGCAGAUUAUUGUGUUUGCUUGUGGUUCCAGACUAGAUUUUUUCAAAGGAGAGGCAAGGUUAAAAUGACUGAUAGGAAACCUGAUGGUUUCAAAUGUUAGCCAUAGAAAAAGACUUUAUAGGCUAACCAAGCUAGCUGUCUGCUACUGUAGCACUUAACAGUUUAAAUGUUGAAUCCAACCACAGGGUUCAGUGAGCUACAAUUUAUGUCAAAUUUGAGAACAUUAUAUAUAUAUAUAUAUAUAUAUAUAUAUGAAAUUAAUCUCAAUCAAUGAUCUACAUUGCUUUAAUAGUAUGACAGUUGACACAACACAUUUCAGUUGAACAUCCCAUUUGGACUAGUAAACAGCAGUGGCGUGACUGGUUUAAUUGAAGCUCUGGGUUUGCGUGCAAGAGAGUCAGGGGGUAGCUAGCUGACAGAAAUCAGACUCAUAAGGAUGCAGCACUGUAAAAAGAAAAAGAUGUUGAUUCAACGUACAAUUGUAAGGCAACCAGAUGCAAAAUAAUUGUGAGUUUGCUCAACAAAACAACCAGCUGUAGUAGGAUUGUGAGUUUGCUCAACAACAUUUUUGUUGCGCAAACUCACAAUCCUAUUGCAGCUGGUUGCCUUACAAUUGUACAUUGAACCAACAUCUUUUUGUCCUUUUUUUUUUUUUUUACAGUCAAGUCUCUUUUGAACAGAGAGGGAGUUCAGCUGACAUGGCCUCUACCUUCUCUUCCCGUUGACCAGGACAGAUGCAGGGAGGAGAUAGAGGUUUCAGCCAGGGGACAGGGGCAGUAGUAGGGGCACCAUGCAGUGGAGAUCAGAGACAGGCACCACCGAGAUGGUUUGGGGUGGUGAUUUGAGUCACUGGACAGGCACAGGGGGUGCUUUAGGCCAUCAACCCAUCUGGACAGGUUCUCUUAAGGGUCGCACGCAUCGCACCAAAUGUGGAUCUCCCGUUUGUCAACCGAUCGUUUAGAGUGCUGUUGACGUCUGACUGAUGUCAUUUUCGCACGAUUCUGCAUGUAAAAUCGGUUUGCACUCGGUCCGCUAGCACUCUUGGCAGGCAAACUUUAUUGGUGUGUUCAAGCCCUUAGAGGUAGUAUUGAUUGGUGGCUGUUGAUUGUCCGACACUGGCAAUGCUGUUACCCUGUGUGUGUGUGUGUGUGUGUGUGUGUGUGUGUGUGUGUGUGUGUGUGUAUGCGUGUAUGCGUGCGUGUGUGUGUGUGUGUGUGUGUAUGCAAUUGCCGAAUGAAAAAUGUCUGUAUAUUGACCUCACAUAUUGCAUGUUUCACUAUAUCAAUGAGUCAUCAAAAAUGGCUUUAAUAAAACUCUUCAAAGAAUAUAAGUAUAUUUUAAUGAUUUACAAAAUGAUUCCCUGUUUAUAUUCUGUUGCUGUGUCAACGACCCCUACAACCGUAACUCUUGACCGUACUGCACCCAAAAGCAUAGUACAUCUCUCUGUUAACAGUUGAGCCUGACAGAUAUUUUAGAAUCAAACCGCUACCAACCCGUCACAAUAACAGACACAAAAAUAUGCCCGUUGUGUUUUCACCAGGAAACCAGCCACGGUGAGUGAGAAGUCCAACCCGUCCAAAAGGCAUCGGGACCGCCUGAACGCGGAGCUGGACCGACUAGCCAGUAUGCUGCCCUUCUCCCCAGACAUCAUCUCCAAGCUGGAUAAACUGUCUGUGCUGCGCCUCAGUGUCAGCUACCUGCGGGUCAAGAGCUUCUUCACAAGUAAGAAGACACUUUUUCCUCCCCCAAUGUCUUGUAGGGAGUAGAGACUCUCACUACAGAAACUACAGUACACUACACAACAAGACACAGAACAUCACAGAUCAGGUGAACUACACUACACUACACUACACUACACUGCAAGUGUAUGUAGUCGACUGCAACAUGUAGAUCUCAGUCUGUGUGUAUGACUGGAGAUACAUUCAGGAGUACAUUCAGGAUAACGCUUCUCUUUUUAGGGACAGACAUGAAGUCAGUGAACUCAGUUCUUGGGCACAGUGUGACGAACUGAGAAUAUAUCCUCAGUCUUUUCAGUAGCAGCCGGGAGCUUGUGUGAUUGCCUAGACCUACAGUUUAAAUAUCCUGUUCAAGGUCUCACACUUGUUACACAAACUGUGUGAUACACAUGGUUAGUCAACAUAUCCUCAGGCAUAGUUUAAGAACAUUCUGAUUGUAAGAAAAAUUCUAAGUAAAUUGUCAUUUAGCACACAAGUGCAUUUGAACAGGUUAUUUGAUUUGCAAUAUUUGACAUUUUAGUUGGAUUGACGAGGGGCAAUCAAUGACAUUUAUAUAUGAAUUCUUCUAGCUUCUCUCCACUACUUCUUCAACAAUCAACAUGACUCUCCACUAUCUUAUACUGUAACGUUGUACAAACGUUCUUCGGUCUUAUCAUAACUUUUCUCCCUUUUUCUUGUUUUGCCUCCCCUUUUCUGUCUUUCUCUCAGUCUAUCUCCUGAGCUGUCUUCCAUCCAGGUCGUGGCUAUUUUCAUCAGGGUUGGGGUCAAUUCGAAUUGAGGGCAGUCAAUUCAAGAAGUAAACUGAAAUUCCAAUUCAAUAAUUGAAAAAUGGCAUCUAUUUUCAACGACUUCCCAACAAACUGAAAAGUAGAAGCAAUUUCUUUCAAUUAUUAUUAUUUUUUUGUCACUUCAUGAAUUGACCGCCUUCAAUUCGAAUUGAUGCCAAUCCUGAUUUUUAUGCUCUGGACUUAAUUUCAAUGCUCUACACUAAUUUACACUGAGUUACUGUGUGUCCCGCCAGUAGAGUAUCAACCAACAAUCUGGAAUACUUUAAAGUGGUGAAAGAUGUUUUCCUCUCUGACAGAUGACCUGAUAAUGUUCUUUCUCUCUUUUAAGUCGUUACUUUCCCCUCAAGUCUCUUGUGUAUUCAAACAAUAGCGAAAACAGGCGGGUGCGUUCCAGCAACAUCUAUCAUCAGUUCGUUUUGAGUGUCUGGCUCUUUUCGCUCUCUCUAUUCCCUCGUUACAUGUGAGAGAGAGAAAGAGAGAGAGAGAAAUAGAGAGAGAGAGAUUGAGAGAGCUCAAAUGAAACACGAGAGAGAGAAAGCUCAAAUGAAACACGAGAAAGAGAGCGAGAAAGAGAGAGAGAGAGAUCUCAAACCAAAAACAUGUUAAAUCCCAAUGCUUUUUUGCCUUUAUUAUGAACAGGGAUUACACCUGCUAAGGUGUGAGUGGGGCACAGGGCAAUGAACAUAAAUUGCCUCAUUCAAGGCAAUUCCUUUGAGGAUGCUACAGCAAUCACAAUCACGUCAGUGCCUUUUGGGCUAUAGAAUGGAUUGGGGUGAACAGGUGUACUGUAGUCAAGUAGAGAAUGAUUUGGCUGGAAUGACCAAUUAGCAUGGAAAAGGCAGGAGCAGGACUGAUGUACUCUGCUGUCCUUUGCUCUAUGACACUGAAACAGGGGGGUCAAAGUUCACAUGCCCUGAUGCACUUCCCUGACCUCUCAACUCUUUGCGUGGUGGCACCUUUCGGGCACCCUUUAACCCCAUUAACCUUACCUAGAGGGCAGCUUAUCCAUCACGCAGAUCACAGGUGCUAAGGCUGUUAAAAGUGCCAGUGUGAGAUGAGGACAUGGUGGAUUGAAUGGAUUUGAUCAUAGAGGGAAAGAGGGACCAGAUCUCAUCAAAGCAAUGUACAGUAGCAUAGCCUGAGUCCUGGAAAUGUGGUGGGCAUAGUGAAGAACUAAUCAUACAAAGGAAUAGUUAUCCUAAUUUAGCCUGUUCUUAUCUGUAAUAUAUAAUAAAUGCCAUUUAGCAAACACUUAUAUCCAAAGCCACGUACAGUCAUGCAUGCAUACAUUUUACAUAUGUGUAGUCCCAGGAAUCAAACCCACUAUCCUGGCGUUGCAAGCGCCAUGCACUACUAACUGAGCUACAGAGGACAGUAGUGACAGUGGUCAUAGUGAACAGAUUAGAUGUGCUUUGAUGCUUAGGUCUAUUUAAUGAGAUCAAUUACAGCUUGGCAUUAAGCAUUUGUCCUCCUCGGAUCUCGAUCAUUCUCUGAAUUGAAUCUAGUCAGCUCUCAUUUGUUACAUGACUUCCUCGUAAAGACAGCAGGAAUAGAACCACACAUAAAAGUGACACCUUGUGUCUGCGCUCUCCUAUUAUAUCUAGUGUUUUUUUAUAGGCCCCAGUCAGAACGUAACGGUGCCGUCUUCCUUCCCACCACUAGGGGGACUAGUGGUCUCAGAGGCAGGAUCAGGAGGGAGA